AUGGCGUACAUCAUAUGCUUCAUUCUUCUCAUACUUACAAGAACCAGACUUUCGAUGGAAGAAGACAUGAACACAGACCUAGGAGAUUACACAGCAGAAUACAACAAAACCGAUAUUUAUGACGUCUAUAAUAUAACAAAUGAAGAAACGAGUAGAACAAAUGCUCAUAGCAAAUGCAAAGUGAAUAACAAUACUGCAGAAGAAGACUACAUACAGACUAACAUAAUAGAUUCAAUAUAUUUGGACAAUAUGGAUUCAAAUUUGACGUCGAACUUGAUAGACGAAGAAUUUUCGGUAGAUGGGAUGGAGAUUGAUGGAGUGAAUUUGUUUGAUAUUGUGGAUAGUGAUUGUGGAGGGGCUACAGUAUGCCCAAGUGUCAAUUGGAAUUGGCCCGAUGAUAAGACUAUAACUGUUGGGUUCCUAGGAGCUUAUGCAAGUAAGGUCGACAAACAUACAGACGGAUUACCAGAUGGUAAGCAAUCAGCGCCGCCCAUGGACACCUGUAACAACAGAGGAGUUACGAGUGCAUUGCCAACCUUUCGUGGAUUAGGGAUUUGGAGGUUUAGGGAUUGGAGAGGGGUUAAAGGAGGGGAAGGAUUGGGCCUCAGAAUUAUCAGACCACCACAAAUGGGGCUUAUCAACCGCCACAAUAAUGGUACUCGGCCCCAUCCCGGAGCUGGUGAGAUUUACCCAGAGAUUUACCCGCUUUACCCAGAGGGGCAGAAAUCAUUGCUGAUCUCCACCCCUCUCCUGUUUCUGUUAAUGAGAAAUAGCAUGGUGCUUGGAGCUAUGCCCCUGGCGGUGGCUGCCAUCAACCGGGAGCCGAGUCUACUUCCCGGAUACAAACUGCGAUUUGUAGCCGCUGACAUCGGUCGCUCUAGGCCACACCUACCAAUGGACAAGGAUAGUCUCACACUCCGGGUAAUGACACAAAUGCGUGACCUGGGAGUGGUGGCCUUCUUCGGACCUGACGGCACCUGCCACACGGAAGCCAAACUUGCUGCAGCGUGGAACCUGCCCAUGAUAUCGCAUAAAUGUGCAGGAGCUCACGGAUCUUUUGAGAAGGGGUCAGGUCUUGGAGCUACCUUCGCAAGGACCUUACCUCCAGCUUACAAAGCUAGCAAGUCAGUCGUGGCGCUCCUGAAGGCAUUCGGCUGGUCCAAGUUCGCGAUAGUAGCUGGUGAUGAACUGACAGCUGCUGCACAGCAAUUGGAUGCUAUUAAGAAAGUUCGACAAAACUUCCAUCAACUAAAAAACUUCAUGUUUACGGCGGGACUCGAACUCGGGGUCUCUGUGGUGUAA